AUGGAGUGCAACAAAGAUGAAGCACUCAGGGCUAAGGAAAUCGCCGAGAGGAAGUUCAAUUCGAAGGACUAUCUCGCUGCCAAGAAGUUUGUCAUGAAGGCUCAGAACUUAUAUCCCGGUCUGGAAGGCCUACCUCAAAUGCUGACAACCCUCGAAGUCUAUAUAUCUGCUCAGAAUAAAAUAAGCAAUGGUGAAGUCGAUUGGUACAACGUGCUCGGUGUUAGCUCAUUGGCUGAUGAUGAUACAGUGAGGAAGCAGUACCGGAAGCUAGCUCUGGCCCUCCACCCGGACAAAAACAAAUCCCUGGGUGCUGACGGGGCAUUCAAGCUGGUCUCAGAAGCCUGGAGUUUGCUCUCAGAUAAAGACAAGAGAGUAGCAUACAACAAGAAGUUGAAUCCAACUGCAUUCUACCACAGAGACCCUAAAAAUCAGAGCAAAGUCCCCUCGUCUCAACCUAGUGCAAAUGGCAUUCAUACUUCCACCAGUUCUUCCACAAAGACUCAGGGCAGGCAUUCCUCAACUCCUUCACCUUCCUUAAAAAAACAGAACACAUUUGCAGGAACUGCGGCGGAUAUCUCUUCCCAGAAAAAGCCGGAUACUUUCUGGACUAUUUGUAACCAAUGCAAGACCCAGUAUGAGUACCUCAGGAUUUAUCUUAAUCACACCCUCCUGUGCCCGAAUUGUCAGCAGGCCUUUCUUGCUGAGGAGAGAGCUCCGCCUCCAAACAUUAAUAAGCCUCCACCGAAUCAAUCUCAUCGUCAGAAACAUCAUCAAAAUUCUAAGCAUAAUAUUGCAGCAAGUAACAACAAUGCUGCUUCUAGUGGUGGGAGGAGCUAUGGUACUGCUCAAAGAUCUGGAGGAGAGAGUUAUGGAGUCGGAAGUUAUGUAAAUGGUUCUCGUGGGACCUUCGCACCACCAUCAACCGCCAGUCAAACUGUUGCUCCAACUGCAAAUAAUAUUCAGUUUGAUAGGAACCAUAUGCAUAAGAGGGCGGCUGGUGCCACUCCUCCCGCAGAUGAUCCAUUGCUGAAAAAGAGGAGAGUAGAUGACACUUGCAACAUAGUUUUCUCCGACAAAGGAAAGGCUGCAACUGGAGAUGUGUUCGAAGGUAAGAAGGUGUCUGUUGAAGCUGAAAAGACCUACAGAUUUACCGACUUUCCUGGGUUUAGUAGUGUACGAAGAGAGUUAAACCCUCUGGAGCUUCGGAACAUGUUGGCAAGAAAAGCCCGUUCGACAAUCAGCAAAGUGUUGGAACAAUGGAACUCAAGAGAAGAGAAAGUAAUAAGCAACAGUAAGAAGCAGAAAAGCAAUGGAACCAAUUUUGUUAACAAUAUACAUGAGAAUGACCAUCCUAGUAGCAUUCCUUCAAAUUCAGAGAAGCAGGGGAAGGAUUCAGUCCGUGACCGUGAGGUCUCUCCAGAUAAAGAUAAUGAAGUGACAUCCCUUCAGCCAGUGUCGAUUACUGUCCCAGAUUCCGACUUUCACAACUUUGAUUUGGACCGAACCGAGACUUCGUUCGGAGAUGACCAAGUAUGGGCUGCUUAUGACGAAAACGAUGGGAUGCCUCGUUACUACGCACGAAUCAUUCAGAUGAUAUCGGAGAACCCUUUUAAGUUGAAGAUCAGCUGGCUCAACUCGAGAACCAACAGUGAGUUUGGUUCUCUGCAAUGGGUGGGUUCGGGAUUCCUCAAAACAUGUGGUGAUUUCAGGACAGGGAAACACGAGAUCAAUGAAGCUCUGAAUGCUUUCUCCCACAGGGUGAGAUUCACAAAGGGAGCUCGUGGGGUCAUCCGAAUACUCCCUUUGAAAGGCGAGAUCUGGGCUCUCUACAGAAACUGGUCCCCAGAAUGGAAUCAGGAUACCCCCGAGGAAGUCAUGCACAAGUACGACAUGGUGGAAGUGGUGGAUGACUAUGACGAGGAGCAGGGCAUAUCGGUAGUUCCUCUAGUGAAAGUCGAUGGGUUUAAACUGGUGUUUGCCAAGCCGGCGGAUUCUUCUGAAGUCGGUAGGAGGAUUCCAAGAGAAGAAAUGUUCCGGUUCUCACAUCAGGUCCCGCACCAUCUACUCACAGGCGAAGAAGCCGAGAACUCUCCCAAGGGUUGUUAUGAGCUGGACCCUGCAGCUAUACCUUUGGAGCUUCUUACCACGGAGGCUCAAAAGGCUGAAACAACCACUGGCGAGAUCGAUGGUAGCAAAGAAUCAGCAGAAGGUACUAGAGUCGGCACUUAG